AUGUUGUCCGCGCGGCUGGAGACCUGUCCGCGUGUCACCUUCAGCGGAGCGGGAGCUGCGGCGACUCGAGGACCCGAGACAGGGAUGGGCGGGGAGCCGUGUCCUCACAAGCUGGGAUCGACCAAUCACCUUCGACUUCUCCUCUACAUCCUGAUUCCUACUGUGAGCCUGCUGGCCGGCCUGCUGCUGCUCGUCCUGGCCCUCACAGGUAUAUUUGGCAGCAGCCUCUUGGACUCCAGCCCCCUCCCCUCCCCCGAGCCCAUUGCCGACGGCGACCCUGGUUACCACGGCAACAGCACAAACCACCCCUCCGUCUUUGAGACGGGAAACGUCACGGCUUUGCUACGAAGCCAUAGCGACGAUGACAUCACGCACAGAGGUAGCAACAACACAUCGGCUGCUACCACCGUCGUUCCUACGGCCUCCUCCUCCUCCCAGGCCCCGCCCACUCAGCCCUACACGACGCCUCCCGAUUGGCUGUCCUCUGUGACGUCACUGACCACCACCUGGCCGAUCAGCGCCACCUCAGCACCUGACUCAGGUAGCUGCCAGCUGAUCGCGGAGCCUCAGUGUCACAUGCUGCCCUACAACCAAACAUGGCUGUCCUCCUCCGUCGCCGUGGUGAAGAGCUCUGAGGUGGACAUGUUGCUAAGGUUCUUCAGCUACCUCAGCAGACUGUCCUGCUACAGACACAUCAUGCUGUUCGGCUGCUCGCUGGCGCUGCCCGAGUGUAUCGCCGCUGACGACGAGCACAGCAGGCGGGUUGUGCUGCCCUGCGCAUCGUUCUGCGAGGCGGCGAGGGAAGGCUGCGAGCCCGUCCUCCAGAUGUUCAAUGCCUCCUGGCCCGACUUCCUCCGUUGCUCACAGUUCAGCAGUGUCACCUCUGCUGUGUCGCCGCCAUCAUCAUCGUCACCAUCGCCCACGGCAACAGCAGGCCCCGCCCCUUCAGCCUGUUACACACCACGACAGAUCAAAGGGAAACCCUCUGUCUGUGGCGGGAAGGACCACUUCCUGUGUGCAACAGGGAUUUGUGUCCCUCAGAAACUGGUGUGUAAUGGGUAUAAUGACUGUGACGACUGGAGCGACGAAACACACUGUGUGUGUACAGAUGGAAAGUUUCAGUGCAACACUGGUCGGUGUCUCUCGCCCACUCUGGUCUGUGACGGCUAUGACGACUGUGGAGACCUGAGUGAUGAACUGAACUGUGUGUGUGAUCUGGCUCGUGAACACCGGUGUGGUGACGGCCGCUGCGUGUCCAGAGACUGGCUGUGUGACGGAGACCACGACUGUCUGGACAAGAGCGACGAGCUGAACUGCUCCUGUAAGAGUCAGGGUCUGUUGGAGUGCAGGAACGGUCAGUGUAUUCCUUCGGCGUUCCGUUGUGAUGGAGAGGACGACUGUAAAGACGGCAGCGAUGAGGAGCACUGCAGCAGAGAGCAGACUCAGGGUGUGUGUGUUCCCGGCCAGUCCAGCUGUAUCUCCACUUCCUGUCCGCCGGCGUGUGGGGGGGGCGGCGCCCCCUGCGACCCCCGAACCAACAGCAGCGGCUGCACUCGCUGUGAGCCCAUCAGCCUGGAGCUGUGCAUGAACCUGCCCUACAACCUGACCAGCUACCCCAACUACCUGGGUCACCUGUCCCAGAGAGAGAGCUCUGUGUCCUGGGAGUCGUCCCUGUUCCCCGCCCUGGUCCAGACCGGCUGCUACCAGUACCUCAUGUUCUACGCCUGCACGCUGCUGGUCCCAAAGUGUGACCCGGUCACCCUGCGGAGGGUCCCGCCCUGCAGGUCAUUGUGUCGUAAUGCCAAGGGGAAGUGUGAGUCGGUGCUCGGCAUUGUGGGAUUGCAGUGGCCUGAGGAUUCUGACUGUAGUCAGUUUCCAGAGGAGGGAGGAAACACGACCUGCCUGCUGCCGGAGGCCGGAGUGGACGAGUGCUCCCCCAGCCACUUCAAGUGUCGGUCAGGCCGCUGCGUCCUGGCAACCAAACGCUGUGACGGACACAUGGACUGCGAUGACCACAGCGACGAGGACAACUGUGGCUGCUCUGAGCGCGCUCUGUGGGAGUGUCCUGGCAGUAAGGUGUGCAUCAAAGCCAGUAUGAUCUGUGAUGGGUUCCCAGACUGCCCCCUGAUGGUGGACGAGGCGAACUGCUCGGUGUGCAGAGAUAACGAGCUGUCCUGUAACAACCAUCAGUGUGUUCAUCGGACUCUGUGGUGUGAUGGAAGGAAGCACUGUUCAGACAGCUCUGAUGAAUGGAACUGUGUGUCUCUGUCCGAUCGAUCGGGUUCUGUACUGACAGUGUUCAGGACUGCAGCAGAGUAUCAGGUCUGUGCGGACGAGUGGAACCACGAUCUGAGCAAACUGACCUGCGACCAGCUGGGACUAGGAGUUCCCUCCUCCGUUUCCAUGGUAGCCGACCAGCCCGGAGUCCCGGGCCGUCGCCGUUGGUUACACGUCCAUCCUGAGUGGAACCUGAGGAACGGAUCUGCUCUGCAGGCCCGGCUGGAGAAGAGAAGUCAUGCGUGUCAUUCCAGGAGGAGAGUGUCGGUUGUUUGUACCAGAGAAGAGUGUGGGCAGCGCCCGGCCGUGGGCGUCUACCCUCACAGGAAGAAGAGGAUUCUGGGAGGCCGGGUGUCGCGGCGGGGGGCGUGGCCGUGGCAGUGCUCGCUGCAGAGCGGCCAGAGCGGUCACGUCUGCGGCUGUGUCCUCAUCGCCCGGAGGUGGGCCCUGACCGUCGCACACUGCUUCGAGGGGAGGGAGAGUGCAGAGCUGUGGAAGGUGGUGCUGGGCCUCACCAACCUCGACCAUCCAGGUGUCCACAGUCAGAGCCGCGGGGUGCGCUCCAUCGUCGUACACCCACGCUACAACCGGGCGGUGGUCGACUACGACAUCAGCGUGGUGCAGCUGGACUCCGAGGUCGAGGAGACGGAGUUCGUCAGACCGGUGUGUCUACCUGAGCUCGGCCAGCUGCCCUCACCUGACUCCUACUGUUACAUCACAGGCUGGGGUCACAUGGGCAACAGGAUGCCCUUUAAGCUGCAGGAAGGCGAGGUUCGGAUCAUCUCGCUGUCUCAGUGUCAGUCUUACUUCGACAUGAAGACCAUCACUCCCAGGAUGCUUUGCGCCGGUUACGAUGCUGGAACCGUCGACUCCUGCAUGGGCGACAGCGGCGGCCCGUUGGUGUGCGAGGAGGACGGCGGUCGCUGGACGUUGUUCGGCCUGACGUCGUGGGGCAGCGUGUGCUUCAGUAAAGUGCUCGGACCCGGCGUGUACAGCAACGUGACGCACUUCACCCCCUGGAUCCAACAGCAGAUCUACAUCCACACGUACCUGAGCGACUGACGCACACACUUCCUGCUCCGAGCUCGCUGCUUCCUGCCUUCAGCAUUCCAGGAGGAAGUGAUGUCAUUGUGAACGUCACACACACCGUCAGUUCCUCGACCUGUGCCUAUAUCUAUACUGAUAGCCUUCAGAUGCUAGCUGCAGUGUGGCAGCAGUGUAAACUUGUAUUACAGAUGCUAACUAGUUAGCCGGUAGAGCUGUUGCUGUCACACUCAUUUAAUUAACACGAGUGA